AUGGAAAUAUUUCUUAAAUUACCCAAAGAAAUAUUAUCACUAAUUUUCAGUAAUAUCAAGGAUAAAUCUAUAAUCAAAAGCUUACUAUAUAUUCCAGGUUUACAACAAAUUGCAUUAGAACGAAAGUAUUCAAAAUAUGAAAUAAAUGAUGAUCAUAACAAUUCAGUUGAAUCAUUAAUAGAGCUUUUUCAAUUGUUUAAAUUUAUACCUUCAAUAAUAAUUGGGAAUGUAAAACAAAUCAAUCAACUAUUAAAAGAACCAAGUUUCAAAUUAGUCAAUUAUGAGGUUAAAAUCUUGAAAUGUACUACAUUUAUUGAUCUUGUCUCAAUUUUGGAUAGAGCUUAUAUUGUGGGUGUACAUUUGGAUCAAUAUUUAACUAUUUUUGCUGCAAGUUUCAAAAAAGUAGAAGUUGGAUUAUUUUCAAGUUUUGUUGAACAAACCUACUUACAAUCAUUGACAACAUCUUAUUGCGAUAUAUUUCCAAUUCGAUUUCCAACAUCUUUGAAGGAGCUAACGUUAUAUGAAGGCUUUAACAUUAAAUUGAAUAUAAGUGAUUUACAUCAUCUCGAGUCAUUUAACUGCAAGAAUCUCUCCGCCAUGAGUUCCUUAAAUAAUAUUAAGCUUCCAUCAUCCAUCAUAAAUUUAAGACUCUAUUCUUGUGAUUUUGAAAGUUUAGGUGACUUAUUCAAGUACAAGAAUCUAAAUUUGCUUCAUAUUGCUUGCUGUCAUGAACUUUAUGACUUAGGUAACACCUUAUUCCCCAUUUCAUUAAAAACUUUGAGUUUCAUCAACAAUUUUCAUCCCAACAGAAUAGAAAACUUAUCUAACGAUGUACAAAUUAGUAUUUCAGAAAUAGCCCUGCGGAUUCGUAUCGAUGCUGAGUUUCGCUUCCCUCAAAAUUUGAAGAGUUUGAAAAUUUUCGAUACUAUGCAGACCCUAGAAAUAGGAAAAAUUGAAAUUGGGAAGACACUUGAUGUUUUGGAAUUAGAUGGUAUUACACAUCUUGAGUUAGACCUGGUUUCAAUCAGCUUACCAAAUCAAAUGUCCGAAAUCAUCAUUACGAAUUGCGAGAUUGUAGCUGAAGAUCUUUUUUUUCCUGAGCUGGAGCGGAUUAAGUUUUCAAAUAAUGACGUAUGGUUGGGCUUAUUCAAGUCAAACUUGGAUCAAUUGAAAUCUUUAAAAGUAUUGGAAAUGUCAGACAAUUAUUGCUCAAAAUUUGCCGGUGACUUGGAGCUAUUUGAUCCAUUGGAAACUUUAACUAAUGUAAAUGAAAAUGUACGUUUCAAUACACCCAAUUUGCAAAGCUUAAUUUUGAAAAACAAAAGGCCAAUGUCCUAUGAACCUGAUGAUGCUCUUCAAGUUUCAUUUGAAUGUAAAGACUUGACUAAAUUGACAAUGAUAAACCUAGGUGUCGAAUCAUUGAAUUUUGAUCAUUUUCCCAGUUCAUUACUAGAAUUGAUCAUCAAUAAUUUGAAAUUAGAAACCAUGCACGGAAACUUUUCCAAAUUAAGUAACUUAAGGAAAUUGGAUUUACAAAAUAAUCAAGUAACGUUCUCAAUGUUGGCUUCUCAAAAAUUCCCAUCAAGUUUAACUCAUUUGAAUUUAUCAAACAAUAAAAUUGAAGAUUUAAGUUGUUUAGUUUUAGAUAAUUGUACUAAUUUGAAAGAUUUAAAAUUAAGCGAGGUAACUUCAGAACGUACACCAGAAGGUACGACUCAAUUAAGGAAUUUAUUGUUUUAUGUUGAUACCAAUAUUAAUGCAAUUUUAACAAACUAUGAUUCAGAAGUUAUUUUUGAAAUUGUUAAUGGAGUUGAAAAAAAUUCGAUUUUAAAGUCUAUCUAUAAAAAAAGAAGAAUUUGUUAG